GGAGUGGGCGGGGCCAUGGAGAGGAGGAGGAAGAUGGCGGGAGGGCGGCUCUGAGGAGACCUCGGCGGCGGCGGAGGAGGAGAGAAGCGCCGCGCCGGGGCCCAUGUGGGGAGGAGUCGGAGUAGCUGUUGCCGCCGCCGCCGCCUGUAGCUGCUGGACCCGGGUGGGAGUGAAGGGAAGACGACAGGAUGAAGUUCGCCGAGCACCUCUCAGCGCACAUCACUCCCGAGUGGAGGAAGCAAUACAUCCAGUAUGAGGCUUUCAAGGAUAUGCUGUAUUCGGCUCAGGACCAGGCACCUUCUGUGGAAGUUACAGAUGAGGACACAGUAAAGAGGUAUUUUGCCAAGUUUGAAGAAAAAUUUUUCCAAACCUGUGAAAAGGAACUUGCCAAAAUCAACACAUUUUAUUCAGAGAAGCUCGCAGAGGCUCAGCGCAGGUUUGCUACUCUUCAGAAUGAGCUUCAGUCAUCACUGGAUGCACAGAAAGAAAGCACUGGUGUUACUACGCUGCGACAACGCAGAAAGCCAGUCUUCCACCUGUCCCACGAAGAACGUGUCCAACAUAGGAAUAUUAAAGACCUUAAACUGGCCUUCAGCGAGUUCUACCUCAGUCUUAUUCUGCUGCAGAACUACCAGAAUCUGAAUUUUACAGGGUUUCGAAAAAUCCUUAAAAAGCAUGACAAGAUCCUGGAAACAUCUCGUGGAGCAGAUUGGCGAGUUGCUCAUGUAGAAGUGGCCCCAUUUUAUACAUGCAAGAAAAUCAACCAGCUCAUCUCUGAAACUGAGGCUGUAGUAACAAAUGAACUUGAAGAUGGUGACAGACAAAAGGCUAUGAAGCGUUUACGUGUCCCCCCUUUAGGAGCUGCUCAGCCUGCACCAGCAUGGACUACUUUUAGAGUUGGCCUAUUUUGCGGAAUAUUCAUUGUACUAAAUAUUACCCUUGUGCUUGCAGCUGUAUUUAAACUUGAAACAAAUAGAAGUAUCUGGCCUUUGAUAAGAAUCUAUCGAGGUGGCUUUCUUCUGAUUGAGUUCCUUUUCCUGCUGGGCAUCAACACAUAUGGUUGGAGACAGGCUGGAGUAAAUCAUGUACUUAUCUUUGAACUUAAUCCAAGAAGCAAUUUGUCUCAUCAACAUCUCUUUGAGAUUGCUGGAUUCCUGGGGAUAUUGUGGUGUCUGAGCCUUCUGGCAUGCUUCUUUGCUCCAGUUAGUGUCAUCCCCACAUAUGUGUAUCCACUUGUCCUUUAUGGAUUUAUGGUUUUCUUUCUUAUCAAUCCCACCAAGACUUUCUAUUAUAAAUCCCGGUUUUGGCUGCUUAAACUGCUGUUUCGAGUAUUUACAGCUCCCUUCCAUAAGGUAGGCUUUGCUGAUUUCUGGCUGGCCGAUCAGCUGAACAGCUUGUCAGUGAUACUAAUGGACUUGGAAUAUAUGAUCUGCUUCUACAGUUUUGAGCUCAAAUGGGAGGAAAGUAAGGGCCUGUUGCCAAAUAAUUCAGAAGAACCAGAAAUUUGCCACAAAUAUUCAUAUGGUUUGCGAGCCAUUGUUCAAUGCAUUCCUGCUUGGCUUCGCUUCAUCCAGUGCCUGCGCAGAUACCGAGACACAAAAAGGGCCUUUCCUCACUUAGUUAAUGCUGGCAAAUACUCUACAACUUUCUUCAUGGUGACGUUUGCAGCUCUUUACAGCACUCACAAAGAACGAGGUCACUCAGACAGUACAGUGUUCCUUUACCUGUGGAUCAUCUUUUAUAUCAUCAGUUCCUGCUACACCCUGAUCUGGGAUCUAAAGAUGGACUGGGGUCUCUUUGAUAAGAAUGCUGGAGAAAACACUUUCCUCCGGGAAGAGAUUGUAUAUCCUCAAAAAGCCUACUACUACUGUGCCAUCAUAGAAGAUGUGAUAUUACGCUUUGCUUGGACUAUCCAAAUCUCAAUUACCACUACAACUGUGUUGCCUCAUUCUGGGGACAUCAUUGCUACUGUCUUUGCCCCUCUUGAGGUUUUCCGGCGAUUUGUUUGGAACUUCUUCCGCCUGGAGAAUGAACAUCUAAAUAACUGUGGUGAAUUUCGUGCUGUGAGGGACAUCUCUGUGGCUCCCCUGAAUGCAGAUGAUCAGACACUCCUAGAGCAGAUGAUGGAUCAGGAUGAUGGGGUACGAAACCGCCAGAAGAAUAGGUCAUGGAAGUACAACCAGAGCAUCUCACUGCGCCGGCCUCACCUCACUUCUCAAUCCAAGGCUCGUGACACUAAGGUAUUGAUAGAAGACACAGAUGAUGAAGCUAACACUUGAAUUCUCUGAAGUCUAGAUUAAUAUCCCUGGUUUUCCUACUCUACAAUUCUUUCCUUGACCAACGCAACCUCUAGUACCUUUUUCCAGCUGAAAACAGGAGAAAACACAACAAAUUUUCCGAGCUCUUCCAAGAUCGGAUCCUAUGGACUCCAAACAAGCUCACUGUGUUUCUUUUCUUUUCUUCUGGUUUAAUUUUAAUUUUCUAUUUUUAAAACAAAUAUUACAUCAUUUUGCCAAUCAGAGGAUGUUUUAAGGACAAAAAAAAAGUAUCUAUGGAUUGUUCACAAUCACAAGGACACAGAUACCUAUUAGGAUGAAGAACAGGCAUUACAAAGACCCUCUGAUGGGACAGUACCGAGAUGUCUCGGCUUCCGUUUGGCCCGGUUUUGACUGGUUAAAACCGGACAUUGAUUUUUAAAUUUUUUUCAGUUUAUGUGGAGAAUUU